AUGGCGACGGAAGUCAGCAGCUCUAUAAAAGCUCUUGAUGCUACUUCUGUGCACCGUAUAUCCUCGGGACAGGUCGUCAUCGACUUACAGACAGCUGUGAAGGAGUUAGUAGAGAAUAGUCUGGAUGCUGGGGCGACUUCUAUAGAGGUCCGUUUUAAGGAUCACGGUCUGGCCUCCAUCGAGGUGGUUGACAAUGGCAGUGGUAUCGCUCCCGAGGAUUAUGAUGCAAUCGGGUUGAAGCAUCAUACCUCGAAGUUAUCAUCAUUCACCGACCUGACACUUCUGCGCACCUUCGGUUUUCGUGGUGAAGCGCUGUCUUCACUGUGUGCGCUCUGUGAACAGGUCUCUGUGACUACUGCGACUGCGAAUGAAGCGCCAAUGGGUUCAAUCAUCGAACUUGAUCGCGCAGGCCGUGUUGUGAGCAAACAGGGAAAGGUCGCCAGGCAGCGUGGUACCACAGUCUUGGUAACAGGCCUAUUCAAACCGCUUCCCGUGCGCCGAAAGGAGCUAGAACGCAAUGCCAAGCGCGAAUUUAGCAAAGCGCUGGCGUUACUUUCCGCGUAUGCGCUGGUCCCUUGCGCUCAGGAGAACAAGGGCGUGCGUUUGACGGUCACGCAUCUUGCCGGCAGCGGAAAAAAGUCGGUCCAGAUGCGAACGAACGGCGCACCUUCAACACGUGCUUCUGUCACCGCUCUCUGGGGCCCUAAGGCGCUGGAGCAGCUCGUGGACCUUGAUAUUCGGUUCGGUGUAGAGACUGAACGCGCGGUCCUGCGGCGGCGCGGUAUUUUUGAUGACGAGGCAUCCUCUAGCGAAGUCCGGGUCCGGGGGUUGAUCUCGAAGUUCGCGGUGGGAUGCGGACGGACGAGCUCGGACCGGCAGUUCUUCUUCAUCAACGGCCGUCCUUGUAGCCCAUCGAAGGUGCAGAAGGCGUUCAACGAGGUAUACCGAACGUUUAACGCGAACCAGGCCCCGUUCAUCGUGGCGGACUUCAUCCUUCCCACCGAUUCAUGCGACGUGAACGUCAGUCCCGACAAGCGCACAAUCCUACUGCACAGUGAGAGCAACCUUGUGCAGUCCCUGAAGGUGAGUUCUUCCGCCGGGUCGCCGGGGCCUGCGACCAUCACACACGCGGUGUAA